AUGGGUCUCGUUUUGCAACUAUUGUUUCUCGUUGGGACAGCUUCUCUCCUACAAGCAGGAUGUCCCCUUGUUCCGGCCAUCACCGACUUCGAUCCAGACAGGUUUGAAGGUGACUGGUACCACGUGGAGUGGCUGGACACGGGGCUGUUUUCACAGGUGGUUAAUAAAUCAUCACGAUGUAGAACCGUCUCCUAUAGACAUGAGGGAAACGGGAGCUUCACAGCAACUGUCAACUGGAAAGCCACUAGGAGAGGGGUAUAUGUUUUACCAAGAACGGUCACCGGCAGUCUAACACGGGUUGACCCUAAUUUUCCCAACUACUUCGACACCAAUUCACUUCGCUGGUUACCGACGUCGGCACCACCAGGACGCAUGUAUGUCUUGGACACCGACUAUACUAGAUAUGCCAUCCUCUACACAUGUACGGACUUCGGGUUUGGAAUUACCGAAAUGGGUUGGAUAAUCCACAGGAAUAUAAGAGGUUUUACAGUUCGUAAGAGAACAAGGGUGCUUACUGAAUUAAAAGAUAACCUCGGGAUAAGAUUCAUUAACACUGCAAUGUUUAUGGAUACCAAGACGGAUGACUGUUUCGGAACCGUUGGAAACUUCACAUCUUCUGCACCUUGA